CUACGUUUUAAAUCACAAUCUUACCACGAGACACUCCUAGCAUUACACACAUAUAUAUAAUAUUUGCACUGUAUCACAAUAAAAAUGCAGUUAAAUAAGCCAAAGACAUUUUGCGCGUGUGUGACCGGCCAUGUAACCAAUGGAUUAAUUUUUAAUCAGAAAAACUGCAGGAUUGACGUCAAUCUUCUAAGAAGUGCUCAGAAAUUGACAAGUACACAGAGGCCAUAUAAAUAAAAACAAAACAUGUUUUGGGGUUGGAUUGUUUUUACAUUUAUAGCAUCUGGUAUUACCACGGGACAAAAACAGGAUAAACUAUGUGGCGAUGUUGUGUUUGUAUUGCAAACAUCCUGUAACCUUGAUUCACCCUUAUAUGGAGAUCUAGUUGAGCUCGGUAAAGCAUUUAUGCUUGGUUUAGCCAACAUUAUGUCAGGUCAUCAAAAUUCUACCAUGGCUCUCAUCACAUAUGAUGAGAUGGCUACAGAGGUAAUAUCACAACAAACCCCGACAAAAUUUGCAAAGAAGUUGGCGAAGGGCUUUAAAAGAGGUAGUAAUUGCCCCAACAACAUGAAAGCAAAAACAGCAGAUGCUUUGAACCUCGUAGAUACACAUAAUUAUUUCUCGGAUGAUAGGGGGAAAGUUGUGGUGGUACUGAGUGAUGGUGUGUCGUUUGAUCUGAAAACCAAUAUGGCUGCAACAUUGACAAAAACAAAAACAGCAAUAGAGAACCUAAAAAUCAAGGACGUUCAGUUUGCUACAUUUGAAUUUUAUGAAUACAUUAAAGGUAGCGAUGAUGACAGAUAUGGUGAUUUAGAAUAUAAUCUCUACAAGCCAUUGGUUCGUAUGGAUUUCGAUUCCGAUUAUAGACAACGGUUUGUGGAUGUAUUGUUCUCUAUUGAUUCGUUUAUCUGUCCACCUGAGGAUGAACCAAUAACAGAACCACCAAUAGUUUGUCGUGUUCCAACAUUAGACCUUGUCUAUAUAGUUGACCGAUCUAAGUCUAUCGCUGCAGCGGAUAUUGAUAAAGUUAAAGCUUUCUUGGUAGAACUCAGCAAAAAGAUUUUAAAUGAUUCUCCGGAUUCCUGGAUUGGAGCCAUAUCAUACAAUAUUCAAAUGAUUCCUGAAAUAUAUCUCCAAGGAAAUGGGCUAAAAAGGGAUGCAGCCACCAUUUUAAAAGAACUACAGUCCAUUAGUAAUAGCACUGGUAUAGGAACAUACACCCAUAAAGCAUUGCAGUAUGUUAAAUCCAAUAAAUGGUUCCUAUCAAACGGUGAUAACAGAAAGGAUGCUACAAACCUGAUUAUAUUGAUAACGGAUGGGGUUACGAACAUAAAGCCAUAUCUGUCUAAAAAUCCAAAGGCUCAAGGAAAAUUUUCACACAUGACAGUUAGAGCAGCUGGAAGUUUGAAAUCAGUGGCAGAUAUCAUAACAAUAGGACUACCUAACAUGCCAGCUCAAAGAUUACUGCAAGGUGAUAAGAAAAAACAGAUAUUAGGCCAAGCGAAGAUAGACGCCGGUUUAAAAGAAUGGAACGACAUGAUCGUUGCAAGAUAUCCGGACGAGCCAAAUAAAUUGAAGACUAAUUUAUUCACUUUGGAUACAAUGGAUGGCAUGAUGCAGAGAUUUGAUGAUAUUCUGGCUACAGUGUGCAGCAGCGGCAAUACAGUCUAAUAGCUUGUAUUUUUGUGAUAAUAAAAUUGAAAGCAUAGCUCAAAUGUGUUUUCUAAGGAAUCCAUGUACAUGUAUGGUAUUGUGUAAAUUGGAAUAGCGAAAAUAGCAGCAAAGUAAGUUUGGUUAUUUCAUUGACCUCAAUCGCCAAUUCUCUGAACAAUUUUCUCAUAUCAAAUAAUGAUAGGACAUUCAAUAUGAUGAAGUUCUACACUAUAUACGAUUCGUACUUUGUACUACAUUAUGUCCAACU